GCUACAAUUGCAGUGUCCUUGGUUCAUCUACGUGAUUGGAUUUGUGGUCGCAGAUUGUUUCUUAUUUGAUCAACGUGGACAGCAAUUUGCCUUAACGUUUUAUGACGAUGAGAACAGAAACAUCCUAAUAAUGAUAAACGGUGACAACAACACCGCAGUUACCGUUACCUAUCAAACCAACGUCACCUACUACAACCUUGACGUCAGCGGCGCUGUGACCUUCACCCUCGACUACACCGUGUGCUACAACGACACUAACAACGUGGCAGUAAACAAAGCCGUGAGGAUUGUCUCCAGCGCUCCGGUCUCUGUCUAUGUCAUCAAGAGCGGUGAUGAUGCAUCUGGAGGCUACAUGGCGAUUCCAACAGACAAACUGUCCACUAAGUAUUUCCUGGCAUUUCCCGACUCUACAUCUAAUCGACUCCACAAGUGGUCAGUCGUGUCUACGGAAGAUGACAACGUAAUUACUGUCACCCUGAGGGAUGGCAACGUGUCCAACUGUGCAAAUCACUCAAUGACGUUAACCUUAAACAAAUAUGACGUCUUCGGUGCCGAUUGCCAAUAUGACAUAACUGGAAGUGUUAUCGAAUCUAACAAGUCUAUUGCUGUUUUCACAAACACACUGUUGUCCUGGGACCAGAUGCUUCUUCCUGUUAAGUAUUAUGGAAAAUAUUUCGUUUUGCAUAACUUUGCGGACCGGCCCGGUGGCAUGACUUACAAAAUCGUGGCCUCAGAAAAUAACACUACCGUUAGCGUUAAUCCAGGUAACGACACAACGAUGAUGGAGGGAGAUGCAAUCACAUUCGAUACACUCACAGCAGGUCAGUCCUGUCUACAUGCCAGUGAACCCGUCCUCGUCCUGGCAUUUCCGACGAACAGUACAAUACCUGGCCAGACGUUCAUUGUACAAGCACAACCAAUUGAACGAUACGUCAGCAUAUUCCGGCUUGACAUCGCCAGUUCUCUAAUGGCUACACAGUCAGAUCUUUACGUGACCUUGACUUUUCACGAGCGUUAUUACUCCGAGCUGCCACCUGGUUUACAACGUGUGGCGUCCAGCAUGAGCUGUUGUAGAUACAUGACUGUUGUCCAGCCUCUCGGUGAAGUGGACCACAACAUAGUUUUACCGUUUCCAGUCGGUGCUGUUGUUCACGGAGUAGACAACGUCGGAGUUGCCAUAACGCUUGGAAUGCAGUUCGGUGCCAGGGAGUGUCCAACGCAUAUGAAAUUCAUACCUGAGACGAACACGUGCGUUGUCUUCCCAGAUGUCGGUCAGAUGAAAUGGUCAGAUGCACGUGACUUCUGUGGUCAGCAGGGAAUGCAGCUUCCCCAAUUGGACACCCCCGAAAAGAACAUCCUGAUUAGACAGUUGUAUGCACUAGUGUUAUGGACCUUUUAUAUCGGAGCUAAUGACAUGGACGCCGAUGGAGUUUUAGCCUGGCAAAAUGGCGAGGUGGUCAACUACACCCAUUGGGGAUCGAAGUUCAACCCCACGUUGACGUUAGUGAAUGCCUGUGUGUUGCUGCAUCGGUUUCAUGACCACACAUGGGCCACUAAACAGUGUACAGUCAGCCGCAGGUUUCUUUGUCAGCUCGUCCUGGACUCCCCCGUCGCUGGGGAAGACUUCGUGUGUAAUGGCAACCCUUCAGAGACUCCGCUCCCGUCUACAACUACAUUUGGUACGCUUUCUGUAGCGCCAUCUAGUGUGAUAAUGUCCAGUUCCUCAAGCGUGCCAAGCCACGUGACCGGAAAUGGGAUUCGCACGCAAUCUAGCAGUGUACCCCAACCUACCAUUCUGGAAGCAAGUGGAAGCAGCGUGUUUGUAACCCAGUCUUCGUCUCCAACGCCUACAGUCCAGUUUCCUUCAUACGAAACCAGUCCUUACUCCAUGAGUACAUUCCAACCAAUGUCACCAAUGACGUCAUCGCCAAUGACGUCAUCGCAGUAUUUCCAGAGUCCAAUAUCUCCCACCAGUACGUCAGUCUGCCAAUGUGCGUGUUCUUCCUCUCGUGAAGUUACGGAAUCCGAGUUGAAGGAAACUGUACGGCGAAUUAAACGUUAUCUCACCCUUGAUAAAAGGAACUUGACCAAUCGUAUUGGACGUUACAUAUGUAGGACUGAUGGACGCCGAAGCGCGGCAAAUAUUGGCGUUAGUGGAAUCACGUGUCUGGUCCUUGCUGUGAUUUUUGUGAUAGUUUUAGAUCUUAAGACCUUGCUACAAGGAUUAUCAACUGUACACCCGCGACAAGGGGUUAGAAGUAAAACUGUAUUUGUUUUUAAGUAAUUUAGACAGUAUAUGAACUCGGACGAUUUCCUGCAUUUUGGACCAUUACUGCUAUAUAUUAUUUGUUUCCUAUAUUGUCCAUAUUUAUUAGAUUGUUUAUUAGUAAUAUAAAUGUGUUUCACAAACGCAUUUUCGAAUUCAUUCAAGAAACAUAUAUAAUGACAAAUGAAAUGUAAACAUUGAAACGCAGGGGCGGAUCCAGGAUUUCGGAAAAGGGGGGUGUACAUAAAUCAUGUGGUCCAAAGGUUUGGGGGAAAUGCUGCUCAGGGACAUGUUUUCCGGGCAAAGAAGGGGGGUUGGGGGUUUGCACACCCCCGCACUGCCCCUCCGGAUCCGCCCCCGCAACGGUAUUACUUUUAUGUAUAUGUUAAUGUUCGAUCGUGGUAUGUGAAUGUAAUGUUUUUUUCAUAAUUUAACGCGAGUCGACCUAUUAUAAUAAUGAAAUUAAUUGUGAGAGCGCGGUCACAAAGUACGUAUUAUUUAUGAAACUCUUACUUUGAAUGGCUCCGGAGCGAAAUACUGUCACGUACAGUGAAAUAAAAUUAUCUAUAAAUGGUU